AGAGCCUGAGUAGUCUGACAAUCAGACUAUGGACCGCGUGACCAGAUACCCCCUCUUCAGCCACCGCUCCUCACCCCGGGUCACCAGCCUGGCCCUCGAUGGCGACCACAGUUACACUUUCGAGAUGGUGGGCGUGGGGCCUGAGGCCAGCGAUUGGAGCCAGGGUGAGCCACAGGUGUGGCGCACUGACCGCAAGGCCCGGCCGGAGGCGGUGCAAACUGGAGUGACCCGCACGCUGCAAGCCUCCAACUCCCGGCUGCGCUCAGGAGCGAAUAAGGAUGAAAACAUAAAGGCCUCCGUCCUAGACUCCGCGGGCGCCCAGACCAGGAAGCCGUGGGACCUGGAGCAGGAGCCCCGGGCAGUCAUCCGGGGCCAGGCGGUCAAGAGGAGUGGCACGGUGGCCACACUGCAUGGCACCCCUGACAACAGGGCCCCCAAGACCCCUGGCCAGCCUCAGCUCACGUCCCUGAGUGAGAAUGCAGUCGACACAGAACAGAUAGACUUCCUGGCGGUGAGACAGCAGUUCCUGAAUCUGGAGCAGGCCAACGGGGAGGCCCCCCAGAGCCCACGAGCCAAGGCGGCUCCUGUGCAUACCACGCCCCCAGUGAGUCAGGCCCCCAAAGCCCUCAACAGGCUGCCCCAGGCCAAUGGGUUCGCCGCCCCAGCCAAGCCCCAGGUGAAGGAGUUGAUCGUGGAAGAGAAGAGCAGUCGUGGUUGGCCCGCGGGGUCUGACCGCAGUGUCCAAGGUGUGGACAGCCCUGACUCCUGGCCCCAAGAGGAGGAGACACCAGAGCCCCCCAAAGAGACCCCCAUAGAGCGGGAGAUCCGGCUGACCCAAGAGCGGGAAAGGGACCUACGAGAGCAGAGAGGCCUGCGGCCAGCAGCCAGCCACCAGGAGCUGGUAGAGAUCCCCACCAAGCCGCUGCUGACCAACCUGAGCCUGACCACGACCCCACGGCGCGACCACCGGAGGCGCCAGUCACUCUACGUGCAGCGAGACAUGGCGCAGGAGACGCAGCGUGAGGAGAAUCACCGGCGCGAGGGCCUGCACAUAGAGCGGGCAGCCACGCCAGACUGGGCCUCCAAGCGCCCCCAGCCUGGCCUCAGGAGAGCCUUCAGUUCAGACUCCAUCCUCAGCCUGGCCCCUCCAGCCCCGGCCAGCGCAGCUGACCCUCCUCCGCGGGCGAAGAAGGUGAGCCGCAUCCCACCUGACGCCUACCACCCAUACGGGGGCUCAAGGAGCCCCCAGCUCGAAUCCCCUGACUUCCGCUCCUACGGCAAGCCCAGGGGUCUCCCUGAAGAUGAGGCCAAGACGGUGGGCUCCGCUCAGAGGCAUCUCCCAGGACUCCCCGGGAAAACCUCCGGCACGAAGCAGGAGCACCGGCAGCAGCAGGAGCCUCCCCUAGCAGCCAAGGCGGGGGUCUUGCGGAGGGAGUACUUUCUCCUGCGCUCUCUGCAGUUCAAGGUCCCAGACACACCACAGCAGAGUGAGGAGCCCAGAGUUGAGGGCUGGCAGGCAGCCAGGGCCUCCCUGCAUGGGCUACAGAGGUCCCCGUCGUCUGAGCUGCUGGAGAGAGAGGUGGAGGACGUCUUGCGGCGGGAGAGGGAAGUGGCCGAGGAGCGGCGGAAUGCUCGAUUCCCCAGGGUCUUCUCCCCGGCACAGGACGAGGACAGCGACCAGGAGUCCACUUCCUCUCAGACAUCCGGCACCGUGGGCAGCUACUGUGUGAAUGAGACGGAUUCUUUCAGCCCCACCCGCCUGCACUCAGGCCUGGUAUGGACAGCAGAGGCCCCUCGUGACGAUGGUUCUGGGCAGACAAAGAAAGAGCAGUGGUACGCAGGCCUCAAGCCCUCGGACCAUGUCAACUCAGAGGGACGCGUGGUGCCGGGGGGCCAGGGCUCCGUCCCGCCCGGCGCCCACCGGCUGAGCAGUCCCUCUGCUUAG